UCAGACCUGUUGGUUGAGGGCGGAAAGCGCAGAUUAAAAAUCAAGAAAUAUAAGCCAGAUGUAGCAGUUUGUUGACAUGGAGAACCAAGCCCAUAAUGCAAUGGGAACUUCUCCUUGUGAGGCUGAGCUUCAAGAAUUAAUGGAACAAAUUGACAUCAUGGUAAGCAACAAAAAAUUGGAUUGGGAAAGAAAGAUGCGGGCUUUGGAGACACGAUUGGAUCUUCGAGAUCAAGAGUUGGCAAAUGCACAAAAUUGUUUGGAUCAGAAAGGUCAAGAGGUGGGUUUACUUCGACAGAAAUUGGACAGUCUGGAAAAGUGCAAUUUAGCAAUGACUCAGAAUUAUGAAGGACAACUACAAACCCUAAAAGCUCAAUUUUCCAAACUAACAAAUAGCUUUGAAAAACUGAGAUUACACCAGAUAAAACAAAACAAAGUUCGACGAAAAGAAUUACCACACCUCAAAGAAGAAACAGCCUUUGAACUGAGCAAUUUGAACCAGAAAUUAGAGGAAUUUAGAACAAAGUCAAGAGAAUGGGACAAGCAAGAAAUAUUGUAUCAGACUCAUCUGGUUUCUUUAGAUGCUCAACAAAAAUUAUUAUCUGAGAAGUAUAAUCAAUUUCAGAAACAGACACAAAGUUACCAAACUCAACUAAAUGGUAAAAAACAAUGUGUAGAAGAUGGCAGCUCUGAAAUUCCUCGUUUGAUAUGUGAACCAGAACCCACUUGUGAUACCAGUGGAAGAGAUGAGUUCAUUAUUGAAAAAUUAAAAUCAGCUGUGAGUGAAAUAGCACUAAGCAGGAAUAAGUUACAAGAUGAAAAUCAGAAGCUCUUACAAGAACUGAAAAUGUACCAAAGACAGUGCCAGGCCAUGGAAGCAGGACUCUCAGAGGUGAAAAGUGAGUUACAGUCACGUGAUGAUCUCUUGAGAAUUAUAGAAAUGGAACGAUUGCAGUUACACAGAGAAUUAUUAAAAAUAGGAGAGUGCCAUAAUGCUCAAGAAAAUAAAAAGAGAGUUGAAUCAUCUUAUUCACCUUCCAUUAAAGAAUCGGAAAAGAAAAGGAAAGAGCUAUUUUCAAUGGUCCAAGAUCAAGCAACUCAUGAAAAAGAAUUGACUAAGAUUAAAAACCAGCUCCAACAGGAGGAAGAGUACCAUACCUCUGAACAGGAAAGAAUGAGGAAUGAAAUCAGUGCCCUAACUGAAGAGCUGCAUCAGAAGGAGAUUACUAUAGCAACUGUCAUGAAGAAAGCUGCCCUUCUGGAAAGACAGUUAAAAAUGGAAUUAGAAAUAAAAGAAAAAAUGUUAGCAAAACAACAGGUUUCAGAUACGAGAUUUAAAGCUGCCAGAACUGAAAACACACAUCUAAAAGGAAUGAUGGGAGAUAUAGACCCUGGACCUUAUAUGAGUAUGGACUUCACUAACAGGGAACAUUCCAGGCAUACAUCUAUUAACAAACUGGAAUAUGAGAAUGAAAGGCUCCGAAAUGAUCUUGCAAAACUUCAUACCAGUGGUAAAUCAGCAUGGGCUAACCAAAAUACCUAUGAGGAAGCAGGAAGCUACACCUACCCAAGCCAAAUGAAAAUGGAAAAAAAUGAAGACAGACUUAGCCCGGAUCGAAGUGCAACCCCGUCACUGGCAUCUUUGACAAUUCAAAACAAAGAAAUGACAGGUCCUUUCGCUGGUGAUGAGGAAGUAUUCCCACUGUCUCCCCCAGAUAUGUCCUUCCCAGCUUCUUUGGCUGCACAGCAUUUCCUUCUGGAAGAAGAGAAGCGAGCAAAAGAACUUGAAAAGCUCCUAAACACACAUAUUGAUGAACUGCAAAGACAUACAGAAUUUACUCUUAAUAAAUACACCAAGACGAAACAAAAUAGACACAUAUGA